GGCUGACAGGAUGAGCUUGCUACCACCAGAAGAUGAAAAUUCCGACGGGAUUGAAGUCGCUUGGGAGGACCAACAGCGCAUCAACACCUUUUCAAAGCUCAACAAUCGUCUAACAGAUAUAAACGAACAGUUGAAAAAGAAACAAGACGAGAAGGAAUACUACGAUGAUUUAUCCACAGAACUCGAAUUGGCCGAUGACGACCAGCCAGUCUUGUACAAACUUGGAGAAGCUUUUUUCUGUCUUUCUUUAUCAGAGGCCAAAAAACAACUUCGAAAGGAUACAAAACGAUACGAUAAAGAGAUUGGUGACUUAGAGAAGAGAGCAUCUGAGUGCGAGGUCGGUAUGAAAGAGCUUAAAAUACUUUUAUACGCAAAGUUUGGAAGACAGAUCAACCUCGAGACCAGCGAUCCAUGAUCAGUACGACCUUCUCCUAGUCAGUAUCACACAACGAACACAAUGUGCCAUAUAAUGCAUCUUCAUAUCUCUUUG